GGUUUCGGGUGGCUGGGAAUCUGUGAUAUCAUCAGUGUUUCGCUCCGUGCUAUUCAUAGAUUUGUCCGAGAUGUGGUCAGAGAGAUAUAAUUCGGUCAGAAAUGGAGAGGAUUUUUUCCAUGAGUUAUAUAAGGAGCUUAGUACAAAAGUUCAUUCAUCUGAUAUUCCUUCUACUUCUACAACACCUGUUGAUGAAGGUUUUAUUCUUUCAAAACCCUGCAUUCAACGACCUAUUGAAAUUGAUGGUUUCACCCACGACUCUCCAAUCGAUCAAUUAGAAAAACUCUUAGAUAAAAAAUUCUCGCAUUUACAUAUUCAACCACUGAAUAUUUCAAAUGAUUUUGUUCACAAUCUUGAGUCCAACUUUGCGGAUAAUCUUGACUCUUCUGAUGACCCAAGUCAGGUUCUCUCGACUGACCUUUACAAACUCAAGGGUAUUUUUAAACGACAACCAGGGAAAAAAUACGCGGAUAUUCCUCGUAUGUCUACUGCCUAUUAUCCACGUCCUACUCCUCAAGAUGUUCUAAUAGAGGAAAGGGAUUGGAAUCAAACAAAUACGUCUUAUAGCGGUUUCACUGGUCAACUCCGAGGUUGGUGGGAUAAUUUUCUAGACGAUACCAAACGCGAAGCUAUCUUUAAUGCUACAAAUGAUCAACCGGGGAAAGACAAUCUUGGUCGUGCUCUCCCGGCAGGUAGAUCAGAUGCAGUCUAUACACUCAUGCUAACUAUUAUUGAACAUUUUGGCGGACGAUUUACCAAUCAAUACGAAAAUAUUCGCACUCUUCUUAAUGGUUUAAAAUGCCGUCAUCUAGGCGAAUUUCGUUGGUAUAAAGACACCUUUCUUAGUCGAGUCAUGGACUUACCAGAGAGUAAGUAUGAAUAUUGGAAAGGUAAAUUCAUUGACGGUCUUCCCCCCUUAUUUGCUGCACGAGUUCGUAAAACUCUUAGAGGAUCUAAUGGCGAAAUUCCUUAUUCUGAAAAAACUUAUGCUAGACAAGUCAAGCUUGACAAGCUCAGGGAGAAAUCUCAAUUGGGCGACUUCUGUGAACAAUUCGGCAUGGAAAAACCCUUGGUUCAAAAAUCCCGAAAAUAUUCAAAAUCCAAACCUUACUAUAAAUCCAAACGCUCUAGGCAUCGGAGUAAGGAAGAGCGCGAAGCUCGAAAGUCCUUCCGAAAGUCUACUAGAUUUGCUAAAAAUCAUUCGAAGCGUGAUUUAGCAAAAAUCAAAUGCUAUAAAUGUAAUCAAUAUGGUCAUAUUGCUCCCAAUUGCAAAUUGCAAAAACUUAAGUCAUUAAGACUUUCUGAAGAAGUUCAUGACCAAGUUUAUAAUUUAUUAUAUACCUCUGUCGAAGUUGAAAAACUUAAAAGGGAAAUUAUUUCAUUACAACAAAAUCAGAUGGUUACUGAUCAUCGAAUUUUAAAACUCGAAGAAACAACGAAAUUUUCAACUUCUUCUUCAAAAGGAAAGGAAAAAGAUUUUGAAAUCUCAAAAAAUAUUGUUUCUCUUCCUUAUGAGAAAGAUUUCAGCGAAGACAAGAUCCCUACCAAAUCUCGACCCUAUCAAAUGAAUACAAACUUGGUAGAAUUCUGCAAAACAGAGAUAGAUAGUCUCCUACAAAAGGGACUUAUUAAACCCUCUAAAUCUCCUUGGUCUUGUACUGCUUUUUCUGUUAAUAAUGCUGCUGAAAAAGAAAGAGGUAUUCCUCG